AUGGCGGCAAGACAAGACGCCAUGGCGGCAAGACAAGACGCCAUGGCGGCAAGAGAUCAUGCAGCAGGAAGAGAAGAGGAGGUCGUGGGACGUCGUUCACUUAACCUCCGAGGAGGAGAAGACACUCAGGGGCCCACGGGGAUUUGGAGCAGCUUUACUAGGAUGAUAUCCAAGUACAUUGAGAAGGAGGAGGAGGGCGGCGCCGUGACCAUCGACAAGUUCGACGAAGCCUUCCCAGUGAAGAGAAGUCAGCCGCAAGUGAGGUUCUCCUUGCUCCUGGACAGCAUCCCUGCAGCCUCCAAAGUCUACGUGGUGGUUGAGAUAGGUGGGAGAGGCGGCGCGCAGGGGGUCAAGGUCGAGAUCCUGUUGCACCAGGACAAGUCCAAGAUCAGACAGCAGCACUGGAUAGGAGAAGCCAUUUUCGAUACCGACAUCAUCUCCUACAAGUACAAGGUUGUUCUGCAGAAUGGAGAGACCAAGGUCGAGGACUUUGAGAGGAAGUGUAGGAUAUACCCCAAGGCAGAAGACAGCGCUGUCUUCUUGGCGACUGACCUCGACGGGACGCUGCUUGGUGAUGACGAGCAGAUCAAGAACUUCUUCACAGUCUGGAACGACGAGUACAAGAAGAAGGGGUCUUGCCUCCUGUAUAACACCGGACGACCAUUCCACUCUGCCCUCGAUCUGAUCCAUCGAGAUGUGCUGCAGCGGCCGACGGCGCUCAUCUGCUCCGAAGGGACGGAGAUCUUCUGGUUCGACGGGGACAACCAUACGGCCGUUCCUGACGCGCAAUGGAGGAAGAAGUUGAACGAGCUGUGGAACUGGCCGAAGCUGCGAGACGCAGUCAAUGUCACCCUAGCUCCCCUCCGCAGCAACAUCACCAAAUUCCUGCCGUUGGCAGAUGACAAUGGACAGCCCAUGUUCGUGCUGGCAGCCAACAGCAGGAAUGUCUCAGAGAAGAUCCUGUCCCUCCUCGACACGUCGUUGAGGAGGAGGAUGGGACUGAAGUUCGACGCUAUACAAUCGUCGAGCGGGUACGAGUGGUACGUCCUGCUAGUGCCUCCUGGGGUCAGCAAGGGGAGCGCGACUCUGCACUGCUCUGCUAUCUUGGGCUUCAACAAGACGAAUAUGAUGGUGUCGGGGGAUGGGGAGAACGACGUGCCUCUGUUCGAGAUCACGAGAGAUGGAGUUCACGGAGCUCUCGUGGCGAACGCUGCUGAAGGGCUUGUCCGAUGGAGGAACUCCGAGAACUUAGAGAAAGUGAUCUUAGCUACCAGGAAGCACGCAGGAGGUAUCAUCGAGGGCCUGAAACAUCACUUCGCAAAGUUCGGUUACACCCACAAAUCGCUCUUGAACAAAACAUCCGCCAACGUUGCAGAUGUCAUGGGAAAUUUCUCUCAUCACAACAUGACAGACAACACAACGAUGGGAAUAAACCCUGUAGAGGAAGAAACAGGAGAAGAGGAAUGA